GGGGAGGAGCCGCCGGAGCCGGAACCUGCUGCUGGGCGGGCUGGCUGCAAACACAGUUGAACAGAUACCACUGAUACUGUCUGAUUCCAAACAAGAUGAACACAUUGUCAUUGCUGCUAAGAUUCCCUCACUACCGUUUUCUUAGAAAGCUUUCUUUCAAAAGUUUCCACUCAAAUUUCACUCCUGGAUCAUUAUUUCCAUAUAUUCAAUCUUUUAAUUCAGUAUGCUUGUAUUGUACAAAGUGGAUGUUGCCAGCAAGUGAUUUGAAAAGAGGGAUGUGUUAUCAAGCAACCGUAGACCAACAAACACAGGGACUUUGUGACAAGGAACAGAGACUUGUAGACAAACUUUACAGUGGAUUAAUCCAAGGGCACAGAGCCUGCUUGGCAGAGGCCAUUACUCUCAUAGAAUCAACUCAGAGCAGGAAAAAGGAGAUAGCCCAGGUGCUCAUUCAGAAGGUAUUAUCCUACCACAGAGAACAAGAAAAGUUAAAUAAAGGAAAACCACUAGCCUUUAGAGUGGGAUUGUCUGGUCCCCCUGGUGCUGGGAAAUCAACAUUUAUAGAAUGCUUUGGGAAAAUGCUUACAGAGAGGGGACACAAAGUGUCUGUGCUGGCUGUGGACCCUUCCUCUAGCACAAGUGGUGGCUCACUCUUGGGUGAUAAAACACGGAUGACUGAGUUGUCAAGGGACAUGAAUGCUUACAUCAGGCCAUCUCCAACCAGGGGGACGUUAGGAGGUGUGACUAGGACCACAAAUGAAGCUAUUCUGCUAUGUGAGGGAGGAGGCUAUGACAUCAUCCUUGUGGAAACAGUAGGUGUGGGGCAAUCAGAGUUUGCAGUUGCUGAUAUGGUUGAUAUGUUUGUUUUGCUGCUACCACCAGCAGGAGGAGAUGAGUUACAGGGUAUUAAACGGGGUAUAAUUGAGAUGGCAGAUCUAGUUGCUAUAACUAAAGCUGAUGGGGAUUUAGUUGUGCCUGCGCGGCGGAUACAAGCAGAAUAUGUUAGUGCUAUGAAACUACUUCGCAAGCGCUCUAAGGUUUGGAGACCAAAGGUAAUGCGCAUGUCUGCUAAAACUGGGGAAGGCAUUUCAGAUAUGUGGGAUAAGAUGACAGAGUUUCAUGAUCUCAUGCUUACAAGUGGUGAGUUGAUCACCAAACGACGGAAACAGCAGAAAGUGUGGAUGUGGAAUCUAAUCCAAGAAAAUAUGCUGGACCAUUUUCGGAGUCAUUUAGCAGUGAGGGAUAAGAUUCCACUUUUAGAAGAAAAGGUUCUCAGUGGUGUCUUAGCUCCAGGGCUGGCAGCAGACCUAUUACUGAAAGCAUUCAAAGACAGACCUUAAGAUACCAUGUUCUACUGUGUCAUUGAUCAAUUUGCACAAAUUAUUUAAACAUUAAAUAAAAUUUUCCUAAGCAUGGCUUCAAAUCUUUUACUGCAGCAUACUUGAA